GCACUUGCUCUGGCACUUGCUCAACUGGUCUCUCUUAAAGCACAUAUCCCAACACCACCACCCUAUUAGCGAUUCCCCUUAUCAUGCAGCGAACGUCCGCGUUUUCGCCUUCAAGGUCGUCCUCCAGACAAUCUUUCUACCGGCGGAAUGCCCCGCUGUGGGACGACGACGAUGAGUUCGUCGAACUGAUCCAGCAUCGGCUCACCGUCCUGGCCAGCCUCACCCGCUCGCCUUCCAUCAGCCCUGCGUCGUCGCUCGAGCGCUCGAACCGGCGACGAACGUCGUUUUUCCCGUCACUGUCGAGCUCGGCUUCCCAAGCUUCCUCAACCCUGUCUAGCCCGCCGCCAUCGGUCGUGCAGUCGCCUUCCCGGUCGCCAGAGCUCGCUCCGAUCUCGGCGUCGUCGGUUUCAUCGGGCACGUUCAAUUUUCUCUCCAGCCUGGGCUUUGGCUCGUCCUCGAACCAGGGCAGUACUCUGGAGCCGAUGGGAAGCAGUGCCGAGAGCUCUCCUCAAAUUUCCAGAGAAUCAUCACCGGUGAACGGAUAUGACAGCUUCCGGUCAUCGCACUCUCGCACCUCUUCGAGCUCCACCAUGUCCAGCCUCGAUCCGCACAUUGUCUCGCCCAUCCCCAUCGGUCUGCCAGGCUCGAGCCGGCGAAUCAGUCAAAUGUCUACCCACAGCGCGUCCUUCAGCAUUCCCUCAUCGCCAUACACAUCCGGGCUCACACCGCCCUCCAGACUGGCUGGUUCCUCGCUCGCGACAGACUCCCGCGCCAUGGCAUACUAUCGACCGCCCUCGGUCCCAUUCAUACCCGUCUAUCCCCCGUGUCGGACCGAGGUCGUGGCCUUGAUUCGACAGGCCCUGAUUUACUUUGAAACGGGCGAUUACGUCAUGUCUUCCCAGACGUUUUUCCGAGCCACUGGAUGCUCCGCCAAUGGCCAGAACCACAAAGGAUGUGAUCCUCUUGCAUGUUAUGCGUUUGGUAUAUGUCUACUCAACGGCUACGGCGUCGACAUCAACUAUCCCAUGGCCAUCAACUGGCUCACCAAGGCAGCAGCUCACCAGGAGCCCCUGGCCUGCUACCAGCUCGGCCUCAUCUUCCAGAAGGGCGUGGGAAUCGAUGAGUACAUUGCACCUGCUGGCAUGCGCAAGGACGACCGUCGAAAGGAGAUUAUGGUCAAAUGGUUCCGGCGCGGUGCCGAUCUGUGCGAUGCAAAGUCCCUUUAUGCCCUCGGCAUGAGCUAUCUCAACGGCGACGGCGUCCGAAAAGACAAACACGAGGCCGCGGCCUACCUGCGACUGGCCGGCGAGCAGGGUCAUCCCGUCAAGGACCAUCGAUGGAUUUUCAACGAAAAGUAUGCCUUCAAGCCCAAGAGCAGAGGAUACAUGUAGUUUGACAACACAUACCUCUGUCUUUUUUCGUCCCUUCCUCCCACUCCCACU